AGCCUAACCCCGGGUGGCGAAGGCACUGCAGGGAACUCGGGGGGACCUUGUGCCGUGCUUCCCUAUCGCCGCUGGGGUUUCUGUUUUAUUUUGCUGAAGGGGAAAGGGGGGAACCAAAGCCAACAUGGUGCCCCUAUGUCCUCUGUUCCCCUUUUCCCCCUUCCACCUUCUGUCAUCUCAAUAAGAAGCGGCUUUCUGUCACCCUGCCCAAGGACUUUUACCUCCUCAGGCUCCAGGUAACCAAGAUGGAUUACAGCUCGUUCAGUGGAGUCCCCCGAUUCUUGACCCGGCCAAAGGCGUUUAUGGUGUCUGUGGGGAAAGAUGCCACACUGAGCUGCCAGAUCAUUGGAAACCCCAUCCCAGUUGUGAGCUGGGAAAAGGACAAACUUCCCAUCCAGUCUGGGGGAAGGUUUAAAACCACAGAAGAUGGGGACCUCUAUCAGCUAACUAUCUAUGAUCUGAGCCUGGAGGACAGUGGCCAGUACAUCUGCCGUGCCAAGAACACCAUCGGGGAAGCUUUUGCAGCUGUUAGUAUCAAAGUCGGAGAGGAGACCACAGUCACGGAGUCAGCCCCAUAUUUCAUCCAGAAACCUUCCUCCAUCAAAGUAACUUUGGGAGAGGAUGCCAUGUUCAAAUGCAAAGUCCAAGGCAGCCCUCCCCUCUCUGUGAACUGGGAGAAAGAUGGCAGACACCUGAGGAACCGGGCUGAUGCUGGUCGCUUCCAGAUAGAGUCAGCUGGGGAGUCCAAUGCUCUCACCAUUCAGUGUACCCGCCUGGGGGACAGUGGCACAUAUACGUGUCGGGCCGAGAAUCCCAUCGGCUCUGCCAGCGCUUCCGCAGCGCUGGUUGUGGAAACACAGGGCUCUUCCAACCCGGGCAGCCAUUUCGAUGCCAGCUGUGGCAAAACCACCUCCCUGUUGUCUCACUUGCAAAAGAGGAGGGAGGAGAUCAGGAAGAUGGACAUCACCCAUGGGGUUCUUGAUGCCACAUCAGCCCAGACUUACUCCAAAACAGAAGGGCUGUCUGGCAUUGGUUACAGCCUCUCCCGGGAUUAUGAGAGGGCAGCCGGCCUCACCACCAAAGGGGCUCGCAAUGCCACGUUUGGGACGCUGACACGCACCUGUAGUGUGACAGAAGGGAAGCACGCCAAGCUGAGCUGCUACGUGACUGGGGAGCCUAAGCCAGAGAUAGUGUGGAAGAAGGAUAACAAGGUCAUCGUGGAAGGGCGGAGGCAUGUCAUCUAUGAGGAUGAUCAGGAGAACUUUGUGCUGAAGAUCCUGUACUGCAAGCAAGUGGACAACGGGCUGUACACCUGUACAGCCUCCAACCUGGCAGGGCAGACCUAUAGCUCUGUGUUGGUCACUGUCAAAGAACCUCCAAUACCCUUCAAGGAAAAACUGAAGGAUCUUGAAGUCUGGGAGAAGGAAUCUGCCACCUUCCAGUGUGAAGUGCCUGUUCCCAGUACAGAGACUUCUUGGUUCAAGGAGGAAACUAAACUCCGGCAGAGCAAGAAAUACAACAUAGAAGAAGAGGGCACGUAUCGCCGGCUCACAGUCCAGAACGUCACUGCAGAUGAUGAUGCUGUCUAUAUCUGUGAGAUGAAAGAAGGGAGCAGGACCAUUGCAGAACUGUCUGUCCAAGGGAACAUCAUUAAAAAACUUCCACGAAAGACUGCAGUUUCAGUUAACGACACAGCCAUUUUCUGUGUGGAGCUGGACAAUGAAUGCCAGAACAUCUGCUGGCUGAAAAACACACAAGAGGUGAAACCCAGCGAUCGAAUCUCCAUCAUGCGCUCCGGCAGACAACACACCAUGAUCAUCCGAGAGUGUACGAUGGAAGAUGCUGGUGAAAUCGUCUUCCUGGCUGAUGAAAGCAGGACUUCCACCCAAUUCACUGUGACCACUCCCAGAAAACCUCCCACCCAGCCCCCAACUGACCCCGUGGUGAAAAAUAAAACAGAAACCUCAGUGACGCUGGCAUGGUCCCCUCCGAAGAUGCACCGCCCCAUUCCAAUCGAUGGCUACAUUGUGGAAUGCAAGAAACUAACUGGCUUCACCUGGGUGAGGUGCCACGAGUCUCAUGUCCCCGUCCCAGAGUUCACGGUGAGCAAUCUGUCUGAAGAGGCUGAUGAUCAGUUCCGAGUGUCUGCAGUCAAUGCGCAUGGACAGAGCCCGUCUCUGGAAUUCCCAGGGAGCGUGCACCUUGAACCAGUCCUGGCUGUGAAAUCCCCCCUAACAACUGGUGAAGCUGUACCUGGAGGGGAUGCCAUGUUUACUAUUGACCUUACAACAACGUGUUGCGGCACUUGGUACCUCAGUGGUAAAGUCUUACAGGAAAGCGAGACCUGCAUCAUCAAGAGAACCCAAACUACUCACAGCCUAAUCAUAAAGAACGUCACCAAGAACGAUGAUGGAGCAGAAGUGAAAUUUGUUGCCAAAAAUGUUGAUGUCAGCACCAAGAUGAGAGUGAGAGGUGCUGCAGUGAGAUUUACCAAGAAGAGCAAAGAUGUAGAAAAGAUCUGCGCUCGGCUGCGUGAGGAAGCCAAACUGCAGGCUGAGCUUUCAGACACAGGCGCUACUGUGGAGUGGAUGAAGGAUGGGAAGGAGCUCAAGGCCAGUGAAAAUUAUGAACUGCAAAUUGUGGGGAAGAAACACACCCUGAAAAUUCACAACGUCUCAAUGGAUGAUGCUGGAAGUUAUCAGUGCAUCUGUGAGGGGGAUAAAAUGCUCUAUCAGCUUUCAGUGAAAGCACUGGCAAACUUCGUAAUCAAAGAGACAAGUGGAGGAGUAAUCAGGGCCGUUGCUGGAAAACAAGCUGAAUUUGUUUCUGAGACCUCUGAAGCCAAUGUCAUGGUGAAGUGGUACAAAAAUGGCAAAGAAAUCAAGACCAGUAAGAAAUUCACAAUGGAAGAUAAAGGGAAACUGCAUAAGCUUGUGGCUUCAGCUGUAACGAAAGAAGACGAGGGAAUCUACAAAAUUGGAGAUGACACUCUGAUUUUUGAUUGGAAAGUCUCAGAUGAAGCCAUUAAUUUUGUCAACAAGCCCAAAACGACUCCAGAAAUAUCAGUCAGUCCUUCUGAAGACCUGGAGCUGGUGUGUGAGGUGUCAGCUGCAAGCGGAGCUGUCGUAUGGAAGAAAGAUCAAACAGAGGUGAAGCAGGACCAGAGGACAACCAUCAUCUCCCAGGGGACGCACCGCAAGCUCAUGGUCAAAAAUGUGACCCUGAAAGACCAAGGGAGCUACAGCUGUGAAACAAAAGAUGACAAAGCAACAUUCCAAGUGAAAGUCAGAGAGAAAGAAGACGUGUUUACAAACAAGGACAAGGUACAAAAGGAGGUGAAGGCUGUACUGACUCAAAAUGCCACGCUGAGCUGCGAGGUGGCCCAGGAGAAGACGGAGGUGAAGUGGUACAAGGAGAAACUGAUCACCUCGAGCAAGAAGUUCAAGGUGGAGUCAGAGGGCAAACAGCGUCGGCUGGUGGUGAGCCAGGUGGAGAAGAAAGAUGCAGGGGAGUACAGCUGCGAGGCUGCUGGCCAGAAACUCACCUUCAAGAUUCAUGUAACUGUUCCAGAAGCAGAGGAUGCCUUUAUCAACAAGCAGAAGGUGCAGAAGGAGGUGAAGGCUGUACUGACUCAAAAUGCCACGCUGAGCUGCGAGGUGGCCCAGGAGAAGACGGAGGUGAAGUGGUACAAGGAGGGGAAACUGAUCACCUGGAGCAAGAAGUUCAAGGUGGAGUCAGAGGGCAAACAGCGUCGGCUGGUGGUGAGCCAGGUGGAGAAGAAAGAUGCAGGGGAGUACAGCUGCGAGGCUGCUGGCCAGAAACUCACCUUCAAGAUUCAUGUCACAGAAGCAGAAGAUGCCUUUAUCAACAAGGAGAAGGUGCAGAAGGAGGUGAAGGCUGCACCAACAGAAAAUGCCACGCUGAGCUGCGAGGUGGCCCAGGAGAAGACGGAGGUGAAGUGGUACAAGGAGGGGAAACUGAUCACCUCGAGCAAGAAGUUCAAGGUGGAGUCAGAGGGCAAACAGCGUCGGCUGGUGGUGAGCCAGGUGGAGAAGAAAGAUGCAGGGGAGUACAGCUGCGAGGCUGCUGGCCAGAAACUCACCUUCAAGAUUCAUGUCACAGAGCCAAAACCUGUGUUUAUAAACCAGGAGCAGGUGCAGAAAGAGGUGAGUGCUGCCCUGGCAGCAAGUGCCUCCCUCAGCUGUGAAGUAGCACAGGAUCCAACCGAAGUAAAAUGGUACAAGGAUGGAAGACUGCUUGCCUCCUCCAGAAAGUUCAGAAUGGAAUCUGUGGGCAAAACACGGCGUCUGGUUGUGGAGCAGCUGGAGAAGAAAGAUGCUGGAGAAUACAUCUGCGAGGCUGCUGGCCAGAAGAUGACCUUCAAGUUGGAAACAACUGAACCAGAGGCUAAAUUUGAAAAGGAAUUUGUCCAGAAGGAGACACUCGUUGUUCAAGAGCAUGAAAGCAUCACUCUGACUAUCUCAGUAACACCUGAAUCUGCUGCAGUGAAGUGGUACAAAGAUGGAAAGGAAAUCAAGACGAGCAAGAAGUAUGAGAUCAAGAGUGAUGGGGCAUCCAGGACUCUGACGGUGAUCCUGGCAGAGAGCACAGACACUGCUGUGUAUGCUUGCCAGACAAAGAAUGACAAGCAGGAAUUGGAAGUAGAAGUGAAAGAAAUCCCAGUGAAGUUCACCAAGAAGCUCGAAGCUGUUAAUGCUGAGAUUGGAGGCAGUGUCACUUUAAGCUGUGAAGUGAGCCAUGCCAAAGGGAAGGUGGUGUGGCGCAGGAAUGCAGUUGAGAUCAAACCCAGCAAACGUUUCCAGAUUGAUGAGGAAGGGGUCAGAAGAACCCUGACAAUAACAGGGAUCCGGGCUGAGGAUGAGGGAGAGUACUUCUGUGAGUCCAGAGAUGACAAGAGCAGCAUUACCAUCACCCCCAAAGAAUUGCCUGUGAAAAUCAGCAAACCAUUGGCAGACAUUAGCGUCACUCAGAAGGACAAGGUCACAUUUGAGUGUGAGCUGUCCAGGCCCAACGUGGACGUCAAGUGGUUCAAGUGUUUCACAGCUGGAGAUAUCAAGAUUGUUAAAGCACUGGAAGAUGUGGAAGUGAAUGAAUAUGGGAGUGCAUCUUUUGUCUGUGAGAUUUCACACGAUGAGGUUCAGACCCAGUGGUACAAAGAUGACAACAAGCUGAAGGCUGAUGACAACAUCAGAAUGCGGCAAGAUGGAAAGACCUACUCGCUGACUUACACACGUGUCCAAGUCAAGGAUGCAGCAGAAAUAAAAUCUGUAGCAGAAAAGGCAGAAUCUCGUGCCCAUCUUACAGUUAAAGAGCAAUCCAUUAAUCUAGUAAAGGAGCUGUGUGAUGAGGAUGUGACUGAGCCUGAAGAAGCCAAAUUUGAAUGCGAGAUAUCCAUUCCUUCUGUGAAACCUCCCAAGUGGUAUCUACGUGGGGAAGUCUUACAGGCUGGCAGAAACUUGAUUAUGCAGCAAGAAGGCACCAUCCACCGGCUGACCAUACCGAAAACCACCACUGAUAUGACAGGCACCAUUCAGUUCUCAAUUGGCAAAUCCAAAUCCACAGCCAAUCUGCUUGUCAGAGAGAAGCCUGCUGUCUUCAUGAAGUCCUUGGAUGAUGUUUUUGGUGAGGAGCGGGGUGUGAUUAAAUUGGAAUGCGAAGUCUCUAAAGAGAAGGUCAAACCAGUGUGGAAAAAGGACGGUGUUGUGCUCACUUCUGGCAACAAGUAUGAGCUGGUACAGUCUGGGAAGACCCUAUGUCUCCUUAUCCAUGACCUCGAGAAGUCAGAUGCAGGUUUCUAUACCUGUGAUAUUGGCACUGAUGUUGCCAAGUCAAAGGUCGGCGUUCAGGAGCUGAAUAUUGGCAUUACCAAACGGCUGAAAAACACUGAAAUCCAGGAGGGAGAAGAUUGUACUUUUGAAUGCAUUCUGUCCCAUGAAAGCAUUGAUGAGUUCAAGUGGACACUGAAUGGAAGCAGAGUGGAAAGUGGUGGGCGAUUUAAAGCUUCUAACGUGGGUUGGAAAUAUACUCUCCUUAUCAAAAGUGUGACUCCUACUGACGCUGGGGAAGUCGUUUUUACUGCCCGUGGUCUAACCUCCAAAGCCUCUCUGUCUGUGAAAGAAAAACCUACUGAGGUAACAAAACAGCUGGAGGAUAAGACAGCAGCAGCAGGGCAGGACAUCAGCCUGAGCUGUGAGCUGUCGAAACCAGAUGUGAACAUCAGGUGGUACAAGGAUGGCAAAGCAAUCAGAAAAAGCCAGAAGUACGACUUGCAGCAGGAGGGAACUGGGGCCAUUCUGAUCAUCCAUGACUCUACUGCCAAGGACAGCGGGGAGUACACCUGUGAGACAGAGGACUCUGAAACAAAAGCCAGGGUCACUGUGCAAGAAAAACCUAAUUACUUUAUCAAGGAACUUUCAGAUGUGAAAAUUGAAGAAAGUGGAAGUGCACUUUUUACAUGUCAGAGCGAGAAAGCCGCAUCCUUCGUCAUAUGGAGGAAAGGCAUUGCUGAGCUCAGGCCUGGCAGGAAAUACAAGAGGGCACAGAAAGGACGAGACCUGCAGCUGAGCAUAAAAAAUCUGGAGAAAAGUGACAGUGACGUGUACACCUGUGACAUUGGUGAUGCCCAGUCCAGAGCCAAGCUGGUUGUACAAGGCCAGAAAGUGCUAAUAACAGAAGACCUGGAAGAUGUCACUGUGUUAGAAGGAGAGUCUGCCAUGUUCAAAUGCAGAAUCUCUCCCGUAGAGUAUAGCAAAGUGCAGUGGUUUUUGGAUAAAACCCCACUCCAUACCAAUGAACUUAAUGACAUCCAGUCUCAGCCUGGCGGAUAUCACCUGCUAACCUUGAAAAAACUCUCUCUGAAGGACUCGGGGGUCAUUACAUUUGAAGCUGGUGAUAAGAAAACAUCUGCCAGUUUGGUUGUUAAAGAAAAGCCCUGCAUCUUCACAAAGGAGCUGGUUGAUACUGAAGUCACUGAGGGAAAGGAUGUGAUUCUUCACUGUGAAACCUCCAAAUCAGACAGCCCUGUAAAGUGGUGCAAGGAUGGGAAGAGCCUUAGGAAUUCUUCUAAGUAUAACAUCAGUCGUUCGGGAUUUGAAGCCAAGCUGGUCAUUUAUGGGGCAGAAGAAAGAGACAGUGGCAGAUAUGAGUGUGAGGCUGGAGCAGCUAAAAGUAGUGCGGUUAUUACUGUCAAGGAAAUGCCAGUUCUCUUCAAGCAAGAGCUUCAAAACCAAGAAGCUAAAGAAGGAAAGCAAAUCAAACUGACUUGUGAGCUCAGCAAACCCGAUACCCCAGUGAAGUGGAUGAAGGGAGGCACUGUUCUGUAUGCCAGCGAGAAAUAUGAGUUUAAGCAGCAUGGUACUGUGGCAGAGCUCAUCAUUCGGGAUGUGACAUCGAUAGAUGCUGGGGACUACACCUGUACUGCUGGGGAACUGAAGACCACUGCUCAGGUGAAAGUACAUGCAGUGCCAGUCCUUUUCAAACAAACCCUGGAGAACACGGAAAUGGAAGAGGGGAAAUCUGUCUCUUUGCGCUGUGAACUCACAAAAGCAGAUGCCACUGUGGUGUGGAAGAAGGGAGAAGCCAAACUCCAGGCAAGUGCCAAAUAUGAAAUGAAGCAGAAGGGGACAAUGGCAGAGCUGGUGAUUCAUAAUGCAGAGCCAGAAGAUGCGGGAAGAUACACCUGUGACACUGGAGACCAGCAGACCACAGCCCAAGUCAAAAUCCAUGCCACCUCUGCACUCAUUGAAGAAGAGCUUAAGAGUCUGGAGGCUCUGGAAGGUGGGACAGCCACCCUGCACUGCCGGCUGAGCAGAGAGGCCCCCGUGGAGUGGAGGAAAGGGCACACUGUUCUCAGGCCAAGUAACAAGUACAGGAUGAGACAAGAGGGCACGGUGGCUGAGCUACUGAUCCAUGACCUGGAGACAAAGGAUGCUGGAGACUACACAUGUGUAGUGGGAAGCCAAAAAACCACAGCAGCCUUAUCAGUGAAUGCCCUGCCCGUCCACUUCAAGAAAGAGCUGAAGAACGAAGAAGGUACAGAAAGUGGAACAGCCACACUGCAGUGCGAGCUGAGCAAGGCAGUCAGCAUGGUUGAGUGGAGGAAGGAUGGGAAGGCAUUGAUAGCAAAUGGCAAAUACAAAAUGAGACGAGAAGGGCGCUUUGUUGAGCUGGUCAUCCAAGACCUGGACUUGACCGAUGCUGGGAGUUACACCUGUGUGUGCGGAGACCAGAAGACCACAGCUACUUUGAGAGUGAAUGCCUUACCUAUCCACUUCCAAGAAGAAAUGGUGGACAAGGAAGCUACAGAGGGCCAGGCAGUCACUUUGCACUGUAAGCUGAGCAAAUCGGCUCCUGUUGAAUGGAGAAAGGGGAAUAAAGUCCUCAAACCAAGUGAGAAAUACAAAAUAGAGCAGGAAGGCCCAUUUGCAGAGCUGGUGAUCCAGGAUUUGGAUUCGGCAGAUGCUGGUGAUUACAGCUGUGUGUGUGGAAAUCAACAGACUACAGCCACUUUGACAGUGAAUGUCCUACCCACUCUUUUCACCAAAGAACUGAGAAAUGAAGAAGCUACGGAAGGUAGAAGCAUUUCUCUGCGCUGUGAGCUGAACAAGGCUGCUGCUAAUGUGGAGUGGAAAAAGGGCCUCAAGACCCUCAAGUCAAGCGACAAGUAUAAAAUGAAACGGGAAGGCGUCAUGGCAGAGCUUUUAAUCCAAAAUCUAGACAUGACAGAUGCUGGAAACUACUCCUGUGUGUGCGGAGACCAGCAGACUAUGGCUGUUCUGACAGUACAUGCUUUACCUGCGUUUUUCAAAGAGGGCUUGAAGAACAGAGAAGCCACCGAUGGUGGAACUGCCACACUGCGCUGUGAGCUGAGCAAGGUCGGAGUCCCAGUGGAGUGGAAAAAAGGAGAUAAGAUGCUCAAAUCAAGUGAUAAGUAUAGGAUGAGACAAGAAGAAACCUCUGCAGAGCUGUUGAUCCGAAACCUGGAGGUAGAGGAUACCGGAGAAUACACUUGUGUGUGUGGAGAUCAGAAGACCUCAGCUGUCUUGACGGUGCAUGCUUUGCCUGUGCUUUUCAAAAAAGAACUCGUCAAUGUGGAAGCCACAGAAAGUGGAACGGCUGUUCUGCAGUGUGAACUGACUAAAUCCACUCCGGUGGAGUGGAGGAAAGGACAGGAGUUGCUCAAGCCCAGUGAUAAGUACAAACUGAGGCUGAAAGAUACCAUUGCUGAGCUGACAAUCCAAAGCCUGGAGGAGCAAGAUGCUGGAGAUUACACGUGUGUGUGUGGAGACAAGACAACUACAGCAUCUCUGACUGUGCAUGCCCUCCCUCCACGUUUUAAUAAGGAGUUGAAGAACGUGGAAGCCACAGAAAAUGGCGUGGCCACUUUCUGCUGUGAGCUGAACAAGCCUGCAGCUUCUGUGGAAUGGAGGAAAGGAGACAGAGCCCUGGAGCCGAGUGACAAGGUCACCAUAACGCGCAAGGGCACAACCGCGGAGCUGGUGAUCCGUGACUUAGAUCUGGCAGAUGCUGGAGAUUACACAUGCUGUUAUGGAGAUCAGAAAACCACAGCUGCUCUAAAAGUGAAUGCCUUGCCUGCAUAUUUCAAGGAAGAGAUGAAGAACGAGGAAGCCACAGAAGGUGGAACAGCCACGCUGCAGUGUGAGCUAUCUAGGGCUGUCCCCGUGGAGUGGAAAAAGAGGCACAAAGUGCUCAAAUCGGGUGAAAAAUAUUCUAUGAGGCAGGAAGGUGCCACAGCACAACUCCUGAUCCAUGCUUUGGAAGUCAAGGAUGCUGGGGAGUAUACCUGUGUGUGUGGGGACAAGAAGACUACUGCAGUGCUGACAGUCCACGCCCUUCCUGCUCUCUUCAAAGAAGAGCUAAGAGAUGAGGAAGCCACUGAGGGUGACAUAGUCACUCUGCGCUGUGAGCUGACCAAGGCUGCACCAGUGGAAUGGAAAAAGGGGCACGCAGUGCUCAAACCUAGUGAGAAAUACAGAAUGAGGCAGAAGGAUGCCACCGCAGAACUGGUGAUCCAUAACCUAGAUGAGAGUGAUGCUGGUGAUUACACCUGCGUGUGUGGGGAUAAGAAGUCCACAGCUUCCUUAGCAGUACACGCGCUGCCUGCACACAUCAAGGAAAGCCUGAAGGGCGAGGAAGUAACAGAAGGGCGAACGGCCACUCUGCGCUGUGAGCUGACCAAAGUUGCUCAUGUAGAGUGGAGAAAGGGAAGCACUUUGCUCCAAGCCAGCGACAAGUACAAGAUGAGACAGGAGGGCACCGUCAUGAAGCUGCUCAUCCACAACACAGAGCUGAAAGAUGCUGGAGAAUACACGUGUGUGUGUGGGGAACAAGAGACAACAGCUGCCUUGAUAGUGAAUGCCUUGCCUGCACUUUUCAAAGAGGAGCUGAAGAACCUGCAGGCCAUGGAAAGCCAGACAGUCACUCUGCGCUGUGAGCUGACCAAGGCUUCACCUGUCUCAUGGAAGAAAGGAAACAAGAUCCUCAGAGCAAGUGAAAAAUACAUCAUGCGGCAGGAUGACGUCCUUACAGAGCUGGAAAUCCAUGGGCUAGAUCUGCAGGAUGCAGGAGAUUACACCUGUGUGUGUGGAGACCAGCAAACCACUGCCUCUCUGACAGUGAAUGCCCUGCCAGCAGUUUUCAAGGAAGAGCUGAAAAACGAAGAAGUCACGGAAGGAGCAUCAGUCUCUCUGCAUUGUGAAUUAAGCAAAGCAGCUCCAGUGCAGUGGAAAAUAGGGUCCAAAGUGCUCAAAGCGAGUGACAAAUAUCAAAUGAGUCAGCGUGGCACCGUUGCAGAGUUGGUCAUUCGUGGCCUUGAUGUGACAGAUGCUGGAGAUUACACUUGUGUUUGUGGUGACCAGAAGACAACUGCAACCUUAACAGUUCAUGCUUUGCCACCACUCUUUAAGGAAGAGCUAAAGAAUGAGGAGGCAGAAGAAGGUGGAGAUGUCACCCUGCACUGCGAGCUCACCAAGGCUGCUCCAGUGGAGUGGCAGAAGGACCAGAAGGUUCUCAAAGAGAGUGAGAAAUACCAAAUGAGGCAGGAAGGGCCCAAGGCAGAGCUGGUGAUUCAUGGAGUGGCUGAGGAUGAUGCAGGAGACUACAGCUGUGUGUGCGGGGAGCACCAAACUACCUCUGUCUUAACAGUACAGGCUGUGCCUCCAUUUUUCCAAGAAGAGAUGACCAGCGAGGAAGCAGAAGAAGGUGGAAAGGCCACUUUACACUGUCGGAUCAGCAAAGCUUCUGCCCCUGUUCAAUGGAAGAAGGGCCAUCGCAUCCUCACCUUAGGCAGCAAGUACAGCAUGAGCCAGGAAGGCUGUGUUGUGGAGCUGGUAGUUCACAAUUUAGACUUAAAUGACACCGGAGAGUAUACCUGUGUUUGUGGAAACAAGACCACCACAGCUGCCUUAACAGUGCAUGUGCUGCCUCCAGAAUUCAAGACAGACCUGAAGGACCUGGAAGCUGUAGAAGGUGGGACAGCUACUCUGCACUGUGAGCUGACCAAACCUGCUGCGGUGGAGUGGAAGAAAGGGCAGGAGGUGAUAAAAGCAAGCAAAAAGUAUAAAAUGAGUCAAGAUGGUGCUGCUGCAAAGCUGAUUAUCCAUGAGCUGGAUGAGGAGGAUGCUGGAGAUUAUACCUGUGUAUGUGGAGAUCAGCAGACAACAGCCACUUUGACAGUCAAUGCCCUACCAGCACUUUUCAAGCAAGAGCUUCAGAAUACUGAGGCAGACGAAGGUGGGACAGUGACCCUGAGGUGUGAGCUUACCAAACCCAAGGCUCCAGUAGAGUGGAGAAAAGGAGAUAUUACUCUCUACCCUGGUUUGAAAUACGAGAUGAAGCAGAAGGGCUCCUCUGUAGAAUUGGUCAUUUAUGACUUAGAAUUGGAUGAUUCAGGAAAGUACACCUGCGACUCCGGACAUCAGCAGACAACAGCUGCAGUAACUGUACAUGCACUGCCUGUCACAUUUAAGAAAAUCCUCCAAAAUAAGGAAUCAGAGGAAGGAAGUACAGCUACUUUCUGCUGCGAGCUGUCAAAACCCAAUGCUGCAGUGGAAUGGAGGAAAGGAGGAGUGGGGCUGCAGCCCGAUGAGAAAUAUGAGAUGAGGCAGAGGGAAUGCCUGGUAGAGCUCUUAAUACAUAACCUCCAAUUAGAAGAUACAGGAGAAUACAGCUGUGAUACUGGGGAUCAGGAAACAAAGGCAUCCUUACAUGUGAAAGCCCUGCCAGUUCUUUUCAAAAAGGAGCUCAAGGACGAGGAGGUUGAAGAAGGAGCUGCAGUGAAAUUCCAGUGUGAACUGACAAAGGAUAAUGCAGCGGUGGAGUGGAGGAAGGGCACCAUGGAGAUCUUCCCAUGCUCCAAAUAUGAAAUGAAAUUAAGUGGCUGCACAGCUGAGCUUGUGAUCCAUAAUGCAGAACCAGAGGAUGCUUCUGAUUAUACAUGUGAUACAGGAGACCAGCAAAGCACAGCCAUCCUCAGAGUGAAUGCCAUCAAGCCCCGGCUGAAGCAGCAGCUGAAGAAUGAAGAAGUUGAGGUGGGAGGGACAGCUAAGCUGCGCUGUGAGAUUUCUAUAAGCAAAGCAGAAGUGGAAUGGAAGAAAGAUGGAGUCGUGCUUCACUCAAGUUCCAAGUAUGAAAUGUGGCAGCAGGGCACCAUCCGUGAGCUGCGUGUUCACCAUCUGGAGCCUGGUGAUGCAGGAGAAUACACCUGCAAGGCUGGAGAUGAGACAACCUCUGCGAAGCUGACCGUGAAAGAGCCUGAUGUGACCAUUGUGAGUCACCUAAAGGACAUGGUGGUGUUUGAAGGGGACGAUGUCACGUUUCAGUGCCAGGUGUCUCAUGAGAAUGCAAGGGAUGUGGAAUGGAAGUUACAGGAUGUUGCUCUGCAAAAUAAUGAGAUGAAUGAGAUCUCGGUGGAGAAAGGGAAGAUCCACAAGCUGACACUGAGGAAGGUGACUGAGCAGGACAUUGGCACCAUCACUUUCCGAGUGGGACCAUACACGUCCACAGCAGAGCUGACAGUAAAAGUUCCACCUCCAGUCUUUAAGAAGAAAUUACAGAACACAGAAUUCCAGGAAGAGGAAACAGCCGUCCUGCACUGUGAGCUCUCCCAGCCUAAUGUUGCCGUGAAGUGGAAGAAGGAUGCCCAGGUGAUUUCCUCAAGCUCCAAAUAUGAAAUCAGACAGGAGGGAACAAUCCACACUUUAAAGAUUUAUCACCUAAAACCAGAAGACUCGGGCAAAUACAGCUGUGAUAAUGGAAAUGAGCAAACGACAGCCAUUUUAUCUGUAAAAGCUUUGCCGGUAAUCGUCACAAAACCUCUCCAGAACCAGCAAGCUGAAGAAGGUGGCACCGUCACUUUAAGCUGUGAAAUCUCAAAAUCAAAUGCCACUGUGCAGUGGAAGAAGGCCGGGAAAGUGCUGCGACCAAGCAAUAAAUACAAGAUGCACCAAGCUGGGUCUGUGGCUGAGCUGACGAUUCUCAACUUGAGUGAAGCUGAUGCUGGGGAGUACAUGUGUGAUACUGGGGACCAGCAAAGCACUGCAGUCGUGCAUGUGAAAGAACCAGCAGCAACCAUUGUGGAGAUGCUGAAGGAUGUCACUUCAUAUGAAGGGGAAGAUGCAGUGUUUGAAUGCAGAUUGUCCCGGGAAACAACUCAAGAUGCUCAGUGGUUCCUGGGGGAUGUUCCUCUGCAAUCCAAUGAAAUGAAUGAGAUCAAAGUCCAAGGGACACGUCACACUUUGAUCCUGAGGAAGGUGACACUAGAAGAUUGUGGACCCAUCAGCUUCAAAGUCGGGCAGCACACUACAGGGGCACAGCUAACAGUCCAAGCUGCUCCGAUCACCUUUGUGAAGGCCCUCCACAGCCUGGAGCUGCAGGAGGGUGGCACAGCCCAAUUGUGCUGCGAGGUGUCCCGGCCCGACAUCCCCGUACAGUGGAAGAAAGGCACAUCUGUCAUCCACUCCAGCCAGAAGUGCAGCAUCAAGCAGGAUGGGAAUGUGCACACGUUGGUCAUUCACGAUUUAGACUGUGGGGACUCAGGAGAAUACAGCUGUCACACAGCUGAUGGGAAGACCACUGCCAGACUAGAAGUGAAAGCCCAACCCGUGCUUUUCAAACACCGGCUGAAAAACGAGGAGGUGGAGGAAGGGCGCACUGCUGUGUUGCACUGUGAGCUGACAAAACCCAACGCACCCGUGGAGUGGAGGAAAGGAGAUACGGUGCUGCAUUCAGGUGACAAGUAUGAGAUCCGGCAAGAGGGGACGCAUGUUGAGCUCUUCAUCUAUGAUGCCGAGGCUCAGGAUGUGGGUGAUUACACGUGUGACUCAGGGGAUCAACAGACCACCGCAUUGUUGCAAGUCAAAGUACUACCCGUGCUGUUUAAGGAAGAGCUGAAAAAUGUGGAGUCUGAAGAAGGGGGAACAGCUAUCUUGCGCUGCGAGAUUUCCAAGCCAGAUGCUCCCGUUGAGUGGAGAAAAGGAGGGGUGGUCAUUCAGCCCAGUGCGAAGUACGAAAUGAAGCUGAAGGGCUGCACUGCGGAGCUGAUCAUCCAUGGCGUGGAGCUCGAUGACUGUGGGGAUUACACCUGUAGCACCGGAUAUGAGAUCACCACAGGUUCUGUGUAUGUGCAAGAAGAAGAAGCAGUCAUAGUUUCUGGGUUAAAGAACACAGACGUCUUUGUGGGUGAGUCGGCCACUUUCACCUGUGAGCUGUCGCACCCAGGCGUGAAGAACGUGCAGUGGUGGCUCGACGGAUCUCCCCUUCACAACAACUUUGUGACUGAAAUCUCUGAGCAGGACGGGAUAAUCCACACUUUAACCCUAAAUGAUGUGGCUUGCCACGACUCAGGCACUGUCACCUUCAGAGCUGGUUCUCUUAUAUCUUCAGCCAAAUUAUUAGUCAAAGAUCCAACCAUUGAAGUGGUCAGUCCCAUGCAGGAUAUAACUGUUGAUGAAGAUGGCACAGCAGAGUUCAUAUGCCAAUAUUCUAGGCCAGUGCACGCCAUAUGGAAGAAAAAUGAUCAGGAAAUACUUGCAGAUGGGCAGCGAGUGAUUAUCGAUCAGGACUGGAAUGUAAGCAUGCUAAAAAUUAAACCCACGGUACCAGAAGACAGUGGAGUCUAUUCUUGUGAAGCUGAAGGCACCAAAGUGGUGGCUACACUUGAUGUUCAAGCCAAGAACAGCAUUGUCCAGGGCCUGGAGAACGUGGAAGCAGUGGAAGGAGGGGAAGCCUUGUUUGAAUGUUACCUUUCUAAGCCUGAGUGCUACAACUACAACUGGCUGAUUGAUGACGAGCCUGCCAAAACCACAGAAAACACGGAGAUGGUUUACUUUGAAAAUGGGCGCAGGCAUCUGCUGCUGCUGAAGAACCUCACUCUGCAAGACAGCUGCAGGGUGACUUUUAUGUGCAGUGAUGCAGUGACCUCAGCCUUCCUCACAGUGAAAGGAUGGCGCCUGCAGAUCUUGCAGCCUCUCACGGAUGUGGAAGUCUCUCCAGGGCAGAAAGCUACAUUCAGUUGUGCUCUAAGUGAAGCUGUGCCAAUUAAUGAAGUUACCUGGUAUUUUAAUGAUACAGAGAUCCAACCAGAUGAGAACUGGGAGAUACAAGCAGAUGGAAACAAAUACAAACUUAUUCUGAAUAAAGCCCAACCACAUCAUUCAGGAGAGGUGACAUUUGCUUCCAGGGAAGCAAUUGCAUCGGCCAAGUUAUCUGUGCUAGCCCAUCCCGAUCCCCCUGAAGAACCAAAAGUUUUAUGUACGAGCAGUCACUCUGUGACUCUGUCUUGGUACAAGCCGCUGAGCGACGGUGGUUGCGACAUCCUAGGCUACCAAGUGGAGAGAAAAAUCCCAGGUGUUGGCUGGCAGUCAUGCAGCAAGAGCGUAAUUCAAAGCAUGGAGUUUGUGGUGGACAAUCUCACUCCAGGCGAACCCUACAGAUUCCGCGUCUUGGCUAUAAAUAAAGUUGGGGCCAGUGAGCCAGCACAGUUCCCUCAAAUGGUGCAGCUAGAGCCUUCAAUUACCAUCACCCAUCCUUUAGUGGGUGGAUCAGUCUCUGAAGGGGAGGUGGCUCGCUUGGAGUGCAAAUUGUCUGGUGAAACCAAAGAGAAUGUGACGUGGCUCAAAGGAAAAGUCCCGAUACGAACUGGAGGAAGAUAUGAAAUCCUCUCUGAUGGAAAAAAACAGAUACUCAUUAUUCACGCAUUUAAAGCUGAAGAUCAGGACACAUACACCUGCAUGGUUUCUCCAGAAGUCAAAUCUGUUGCCAGCUUAUGCCUUGAAGUUCCUACAGCGGCAAUGCUAAAAGAGAUUGCCAAGGAAGCCCCCCCUGCAAGUCAACAGGAGGAGCUGGUGGAUGGCCACGUCCAGCCCAGUUUGCCCCCUGAAGCUGCACAGGAGGGAGACCUUCAUCUCCUGUGGGAAGCUCUGGCCAAGAAGCGGCGGAUGAGCCGAGAGCCCACCUUGGAUUCCAUCAGUGAGGUGCCUGAAGAAGAUGAAAAGCUUCAGAAGCUGAGGAAGGAAGAAGCAGAGAUGUCUCACUAUUACUCAGAGGAGUAUUCCACAUGUGAUGAGCUGGCCAGGACAGGAGAAGCAGAUUUUUCUUUCACAAGUUCAGAUGACGAAUCUAGAGCUGGGACUCCUUCACUAGUGAACUACCUAAAGAAAGCUGAAAAGAGAAGUGUCAGUGUUACCACCAAGGUUCAGUCCAUCUCCACAGGGAAGUUAUGGAAACAGUGGGAGAAAUCCAGCGUGGAGACUGUUGUGGCUUCCCCAGGUGCUAAGCCAGCUGAACCAGAAAUAGCAGAUUUAGAUGAUCCUUCUAUGAACAACGCUGCUGUGAAGAUUCAGGCUGCUUUCAAGGGCUACAAAGUCAGGAAAGAGAUCAAGCAACAAGAGUGCCCAGUGUUUACCGAGACAUUCAAAGACUUCUCUGGUGAGCCUGGGAGCACCCUGCAUCUCGAGUGUGUGGCCCACAGCAAGAGUGACAUGAAGGUCCGUUGGCUGAAGGAUGGAGAGGAACUGUCAGACGGCCGCUACUAUCACAUAGACAACUACAGCGAUGGGACCUGCUCUUUGAUUAUCACUGGCCUAGAUAGGAAAGAUGCAGGUAAAUACACCUGUGAGGCAUCAAAUAAAUUUGGGAAAGUUUCACACAGUGCGAAGGUGGUUAUCGGUGCUGAGGAGCCUCAAGCACUUCCUAAGGUGAAGCCUAUAAAACAAAGCACCGAUAGUGAGACAGAAAGCUCCUCUGGCAGCGAUCUGGAUGAUGCUUUCCGUAAAGCUGGAAGAAGGCUGCACAGGCUUUUCAGGAACAAGAUCUCAACAGAGAUGUCUGAUGUGGAGGAAGAGCUCUUUGUCAGUGCAGACGAAGGGGAUGUAGAGGUGGUUGACCAUCAGACGUAUCGUGAGGACGAUCGGUACAUUUACAUAAAGUUUGAGGUCUUGUCCGAGGCAAAAACAGCCGCCACUCGUUUCAAAGAGAUGUUUGGUGCCCUGGGGAUUCCCGUGGAGAUCGAUAUUUUGGAACAAGGCCCGAGGAAACUGGAACUGCGCAUUGGGAAAGCAACGCCACCCACCCAUGGCAAGUUUCCUCCACCAGUUCCGAGACCACCGCCGCCUUUGCUGACUUCUGACACAGCUCCCAUGUUCCUGACCGAGCUCCAAAACCAAGAGGUACAAGAUGGCUAUCCUGUCAGCUUUGACUGCAUUGUCGUUGGCAAGCCCCUCCCCACGGUUCGCUGGUUCAAGGAUGGGAAAGCUAUUGAAGAAAAUGAUCACUACAUGAUCAACGAGGACCAGGAAGGGUGCCAUCAGCUGAUCAUCACAGCUGUGGUCCCCACUGACAUGGGUGUUUACCGUUGCCUUGCUGAAAACAGCAUGGGAGUGGCUUCAACCAAGGCUGAGCUUCGAGUAGACCUGACCAGCACUGACUAUGAGACAGCAGCGGAUGCAACAGAGACAUCAUCUUACUACAGCGCCAAAGAAUAUAUUUCAAGUCGAGAACAAGAGGAGUCUACCACAGAGGAGGAGCAAUUGCCCCAGAUCCUCGAUGACCUUCAUGAUAUUCAUGUGGCACCUGGAGCACCGCUGGCUAAAUUUCACCUGAAGGUGAAAGGGUACCCAGAGCCUCGUCUCUAUUGGUUCAAAAAUGGGCAGCCAUUGAAGGUCUCGGAUCGUAUCCUGAAGAUUGAUAAAAGGGAGUUCCACUCACUGGAAAUUCUCAAUGUCACUAAGUCAGAUGCUGGCCAAUACUCAAUAUUUCUCAUAAACUCUGCUGGUUCUGCAUACUCGUCAGCCAGGCUGGUAGUCAAAGAUCCUGAUGAGAAGGAAGAAGUGUCAGAAACAGAUUCCCACGAGCAGCUGAUACCACCAAGGUUCCUAGAAAGGUUUACCAAUAAAAAGGUGAAGAAAGGUGCGAGCAUCACAUUAUCUGUAAAAGUUGAAGGACAUCCACCACCAACCAUUACUUGGCUGAAAGAAGAGUCUCAGGAAGACAUCCUGUGGAUCAAACCAGACACUCCUGGAUAUAAACUUGCCAGUUCCAAUAUGCAUCACAGUUUAAUCCUGUUGGAUGUUAAAAAGAAGUACAGUGGAGCUUACACAUGCAUUGCUACCAACAAGGCUGGCCAGUCCAUCUGCACUGCCAACCUAGAAGUUUCAGAUGUGAAAGAGGCUGAAGUCCUGACCCAGGAACGUGUGAUGGUAUCAGAGGCCAUAAUGACCACCCUGGGAGCUGUUCAUUCCUCUGAAGGAGACCUCGAAGCUGGCAGGGAAGGUGUAUCCAGAACCCCCAUUUCAUUAGCUGAUGUCGGAACUGAAGAAUUCUUCCAGAAACUCACCUCUCGUAUCUCAGAAAUGGUGUCUGCCAAAAUAAGUCAGGCUACACUCCGAGUGCCAGGCGCAGAAAGUGAUGAUGAAUCCAAAACUCCCUCUGCAUCUCCUCGCCAUGGCCGAUCCAGACCUUCAUCCAUUGCUCAAGAGUCCUCCUCUGAAUCUGAAGAUGGGGAUUCCAGAGGAGAGAUCUUUGAUGUCUACAUGGUCACAGCUGACUAUGUGCCUGCUGUACCUGACAAGGAGGCCAUCACUCUGAAGGAAGGCCAAUAUGUGGAAGUCCUUGAUUCAGCUCAUCCCCUGAAGUGGUUGGUCAGGACCAAACCCACAAAGUCCAGUCCCUCUCGGCAGGGCUGGGUAUCUCCAGCUUACCUGGACAAGAGAUUAAAGUUGUCACCAGAGUGGGGAACAACAGAAGUUCCCGAGUUUCCUGGAGAAUGUGUUUCUGAGGAUGAAUAUAAAAGGAAGCUUAGUGUUCUUAUCCAAGAGCUGUUGAUCUCAGAAGAGGAUUACAUUCAAGAUCUACAGUUCCUCCAGACCCAUCACCUUAGGUACACUGAGACCUGUCCCAGUGUCCCAGGAGCUAUUGCCAGUCAGAAAUCCACCAUCUUCAGAAACAUUGAUGACAUUACUCACUUCCACUCCAGUGUCUUCCUCCGAGGCUUGCAGAAAUGUGACACUGAUGACGAUGUCGCCAUGUGCUUUAUUAAACACGAGGCAGAAUUUAACAAGUACAUCCAGUACCUGGUGGGGCGGGUACAGGCAGAGUCGAUUGUUGUCAGCAAAGCUGUCCAGGAUUUCUACAAGAGAUACACAGAUGAAAUUUUAAUGAACGAAGAUCCUUCACAGACACUCAUCCCACCAUUGCAGCACUAUCUGGAAAAACCCAUCAACAGGAUUCAGCAGUAUCAGACUAUUAUCAAGGAAUUAAUCCGAAACAAAGCAAGAAACAGCCAAAACUGCACUUUGCUGGAGCAGGCUUACGCCAUCGUGUCUGCACUCACCCGAAGAGCAGAAAACAACCUCCACGUCUCACUCAUUGAGAACUACCCAGGGACCUUGGAAAGCCUUGGUGAACCCAUCCGACAGGGCCACUUCAUUGUGUGGGAAGGAGCUCCAGGAGCUAGAAUGGCAUGGAAAGGACACAAAAGACACGUCUUCCUCUUCAGGAAUUAUCUUGUGAUCUGCAAACCAAAGCGAGACACAAGGACAGACACCUACAGUUACAUCUUCAAGAACAUCAUGAAGCUGAACAACAUAGAUGUGAAUGAUGUUGUGGAAGGGGAUGACCGCGCCUUUGAGAUCUGGCACGAGCGGGAGGACUCAGUCCGCAAGUACCUCCUUCAGGCUCGUACCGUGAACAUCAAGAACUCCUGGGUGAAGGAGAUCUGUGGCAUUCAGCAGCGAAUCAGCCAGCCUGUCUGGAUUCCUCCAGACUUUGAGGAAGAACUGGCAGACUGUACAGCCGAGCUGGGAGAGACAGUGAAGCUGGCUUGCAAAGUGACAGGAGCUCCCAAGCCAUCAGUCAGCUGGUACAAAGAUGGAAAGCCAGUGGAGGUGGAUCCCCAUCACAUUAUCAUAGAAGAUCCUGAUGGCUCCUGCACAUUGAUCCUGGACAACCUAACAGGCGUUGACUCAGGACAGUACAUGUGCUUUGCUUCCAGUCCUGCUGGAAAUGCCAGUACCUUAGGAAAGAUCCUUGUUCAAGUGCCACCACGGUUUGUGAACAAAGUUAGAAAUGCUUAUUUUGUGGAGGGUGAGGAUGCUCAAUUUACCUGCACUGUCGAAGGAGCACCGAGGCCUCAGAUCAGAUGGUAUAAGGAUGGCACACUGUUGAAGGACUCAAAUAAAUACCAGACUUUCAGUGAACCACGGAGUGGUAUAACAGUGCUGGUGGUCAAGAACCCUUCCAAUGAAGAUAUGGGACACUACGAAUGUGAACUGGUGAACAGAUUAGGGUCAGCAAAAAGUGGAGCAGAACUUUACCAUCACAGUGCUGCAGCCCUGACCCAGGAGAGAAGAGGAGACCAAGCCAUUACCAUUGAAGGAAAACCAUCCCCACAGUCAGAGCUGGAGACCUCUGUCCAGGCCUCGCUUCAGCGUGCUGAUAAGGAGAUCAAGACAGCUCUGAAGAAGCUCGUGGACUCAGCAUCGCUGCUCGUGACUCUUCCCCCGGAAACACGAGGAGGCGACCAUGGAGCAGUUGGGCCUCUGCUGCUCCAUGAAGCCAGCACCCAAACCCAGGCUGCUGGGGGGCAGGAGAAAGCACAAAGGCAGAUUCCAGCUGGAGAACCAAGCAUUCCAAUGCCCAGCCUUUCCCAUGAGGAGACAUCUGCUGGAGCUGGAAGCACUCAGGAGCGCACUGUUCCCAUUUCCAGAACACCACCAGCUGAGGGGACGGGAGACUGGUACAGGAGAGAAGGGGAUGUGGUCUGGGAUGUACACAGAGAAGUUUAUAUUGAGACCACGGAGAGAACCUGUGUGUAUAAGACUGAGGAGAAGACCCCAACAAGUCCUCCCUAUAUGCAAGUGACAAUAGAGGAUGUGCAGGUGAAUUCCGGAGAGCGUGCCAAAUUUCAGGCAGUCAUUGAAGGAACCCCUCCACCUACAGUUCUGUGGUUUAAGGGCACUACGCUGCUGACAGACAGCGUUAGGCUCCAUCAAGGGAAGGCAGGAACGACCUAUUUCUUAGUCCUUGAAAACGCUGUGCCUGAAGAUGGUGGUGUUUAUACCUGUGUUGCCAAAAACGCAGGAGGGGAGGUUUUGUGCAAAGCAGAGCUGGUUGUACAUGAAGUGAAGAAAGACCAAGCAGCAAAGAAAGUGGCCACCCGGAGAAAGCUCCAUUCCCUGUAUGAGGUUAAGCAGGAGAUUGGAAGGGGCUGCUUCAGCUUUGUGAAACGAGUUGUACACAAAGGGAACAGAGUGUCGUGUGCUGCCAAAUUCAUCCCUCUGCGAAGCAAAACGAAGGCUCGGGCACAUCAGGAGAGGGAUAUUCUCGCCUCCCUGUCCCACGACAGGAUUACCAGGCUGCUGGAUCACUUUGAAACACGGAAAACCCUGAUUCUGAUCUUGGAGUUAUGCUCCAGCGAAGAGCUCCUCGACCGUCUGUUCAAGAAGAGUGUGGUCACUGAAGCAGAGGUGAAAUUGUACAUAAAGCAAAUUUUGGAAGGAAUCAAUUAUCUUCAUGACAACAACAUCCUUCAUUUGGACAUUAAGCCUCUGAAUAUCCUCAUGGUUUAUCCCGAGAGGGAAGACCUUAAGAUCUGUGACUUUGGGUUUGCUCAGAAGAUCACGCCCUUGGAGCCUCAGUUCAGUAAAUAUGGGUCACCAGAAUUCGUUGCUCCAGAAAUUGUCUCUCAGUCACCGGUGUCAAAAGCAACUGAUAUCUGGGCUGUUGGAGUCAUCACCUAUUUGAGCCUGACGUGCAAGUCUCCAUUUGCUGGGGAGAAUGACAGAGGAACACUUCUGAACAUCCAGAAAGGAGAUGUUUCAUGGACCGCUCCUGAUUUUGUGCACCUGAGUGAAGAUGCAAAAGAUUUUAUAAGGCGUAUCCUACAGCAGCAGCCCAAAGACAGGCCUGGUGCUUCGGACUGCCUUUCACACAGGUGGUUCAUGCACAACCUCCCCCUUGAAGAUGCUCAUUUCAUUAAUACCAAGCAGCUGAAAUUCAUUGUGGCUCGGAGCAAGUGGCAGCGGUCUCUGAUGUGCUAUAAAUCCAUCCUGGUGAUGCGAUCCAUCCCAGAGAUCUUGGAAAGGACUCAUGACAACACCUCCCUGGCCAUCUCCCGGCACCUGAUAGAGGAGAGCACUUCCUCCAGUACCAGUGGCUCGUCUUCAGACAACGAGAACUCUCAUUUCCCCAAGAAGAGGCAUUUUGGCUCUACACCCGAAUUACACCUGUCCAUAUUUGAUGCACCAAGCAGUCAAGAGCCUCCAAGGCACGUAAUAGAAGAGAAGAGCUCCAUAUUCUCAAUCCCUCCAGUAAAACCCAUGAGGAGGAAGUAUGCUGCAAUGAAAAGUGAAGCAGGGGACAAAUCACCUACAGAAAGCCAAGAGCUUGGGGCGGGUAUUUUAGAAGAGAGAGAGGAAGGGCUUCAUCCCAGAAUUCGAAAUGAGAUGACCCAAAGAAGUCAUGCAGCUGAGCCUUCAUCAGUGAAGACCUCUGCAGAAAGCCCAUCAGAUCUGAAACAGAAACCGGACAUAGUUUUAUCCGAAACUGACAAAACUGAGAAGUCUGGGGAUGGGGAUGGGACAGAAAAGCCACCUGUAUGUGUUCCUAGACAGAGUGUCAUUAAAAGCACUUUCUACAGCCAAGCAGCCGAGCUCCCUGCUAGGGCACCUUCCUCUCCAGGCAGAGAGUUCAGGAGGCACCUGGACAGAGCCAGGAGGACCUUUAGGAAAGCUGGAUAUUCCAAAGUGCCCCUCAGUGGUCUCCGUGAACCCCUUCUGGAACAGUUUGAAUUGGAAGAAGAGGAGAGCAAGGAUGGAGGUGAGCACAGGGAGAGUCUGCUCGGUUCUCUGACCAAAUCAGCUUCAUUUGAUACUGCGAGGAAACCCCCACAUCCUGCCAUUGCUGGCUCCAGCCGAAGCCGUUCCCUGGAUGACUACAGGCUCAGAGCCUCCAGAUCCGUGAGGGAACAAGAUAUUUUGGAAGAAGACUAUGAUGUUAUGGCACAGGAAAGUUGUCCUGAAGGCAGUGAGCACUGUGAUGUUUCUGCAAAGCCAGGUAAAGGAGGUGCUGUGGGCACUGCAGAGGAAGGAGACGUUGGGACAGCCAGCAAGGACUGUUCAGAAGAGCAUCUCUCCCCUUCCACACACUGCGAGGGCAAUGGGUGCCCAUCUGUUUCUGUGCAACAGCUGCAGAGACAUCCACUGUCACCUCGUGGAAACGAGAAUAGGAAGCAUUUGCUGAAGAAGUCAAAAGCUACUUAUAUUGAGGAGGAAGAUUUGGAAGGCAAAAGUCCCGUUCUGUCUGCCCAGCACUCAGACCUAGCUGUGCCAACAGCUCAAAAACAUGAAACCCCGAAGGCUAAAUCUAUCCCUGGAGCUUCUGACACAGCCAUGCAGGAGGGUAAGCAGGACACUUCGGCUCUGCCACAGCCAGAGACCACCUCCAGGUCUACCUCUGAACUGUGCCCCCCACCCCAGGAUUCUGCUGACAGCCAUCCUGACCUACAAGGGGAAGGCUUCCUCACCAAAAGGACAGCCCCAGCCGCUCCUUGGAUGGACAAGAGGAAAAAACAAUCCCAUGAGAAGCCUUCUGCUCCCAGUGCUUCCAAGUCUGAUCUCAUGGAGCACGAAAGCUCUGCUGCUUUAACAGGCCUGCAGACAGAAACUGGUUCUUUUCCAGAACAUAAAGACAAAAUGCAGCAAUUUUCUGAUAAAAGCAUUCUGACACCUGCUGACUUGGAGGCCAAACCACCAGGUAUCCUACCUGUUCCACAUACAGCUGCUCACCAGAAGCUGAAGACCUCUAAAGAAGUGAGACCUACUGUCCUGGGGGAUGAAGGACCAGCUGUUGCUGAGAUCACCCCAUUUGCAGCCCAUGGUGGUGAAAGUCAAGCCCACAAGAAGGCUUCUCCUCAUGCAGACGCAUCAGCCGUCCCAAAGGGGGAGCAUCCAGUUGUUCCCAAAGUCCCACCACCAAAACCAGUGCGAACUUCCAUCUCUGGUGGAGCUCGGCAUGCUGAACAGCCAGCUCACAGCAAGGAGAGGCUCGCUGCUCUGAGGAGUGAAGGUCCAUCUGUCACAGAGGUUGUUCCCAGUUUGGUCCAUGAAGCUGAAAUCAAGGAAGCUGCACCCCAGAAGGCUCCUCAGGGCACAAUGCCUGCUGCUCUGGAGGGCAGACACCUGUCUGUAAUGGGUUCAUCCCAUAAACCACAUCAUCUCCCUCCAGUCUGUGAGAGUGAAAGGCAAGAACACCCAAAGGCACCACUUCUCAGCAGGGUGAGAUCUGUUGUCACUAGUGAAAGCCCAGAGGCUGGACAGACCUCAUCUGCUCCAUUCCCCGAGUGUGGAAGUCAGGUGUUGGAGCAGCACCAGGCUGCUUAUCCUAGUGGGAAAGUUUCUGCUGCUGAGGAGGGUGUGCAUCCAACUAUCUUAGCUGCUCCACCACCAGUUCAGUCUCCAGCUUCAGUCUAUCAGCUGGAAUAUGAGGAACAGCUGACGUUUUACGGAGAGGACAGAGAUACUGCCUUGGGAAGUGGAAGCCAUGAUGCUGAAAAACCUGUGCCACUGUCACUCGGCAGGGAUGGAAGUCAGGAGCUGUCACAGCACAGGUCUUCUUUUUACAGUGAUGAGGAGUCUGCUGCCCUGGAGGGUUUGGUGGACGAGAUGGUUUCCCUCUCUGAAGAGAUGAACGUGUGGGCAGAGUCAGUUGCUGACCAUGAGGAGAGCAGAAAGCACAUCUCUGCCACGGAUACAUCCUACAAAGGCACAGAUGGCCAAACAGAUACAGACAUCUCCUGCCAUUCCAUACAGGGGAGUAAAAUAGGAGAACUCUCUGAGCUGGAAGAUCUCGCUGAAUCCUAUUUCGCCCUGAGCGAGAAGCCAGCAGUAAUGCAAGGGCAGGAAUGUGAACAGCUGGAGGACUCAGCAAUUGAGAUCCCCAGUUCCAGCCAACAGAGCCUUCCCCCAACCGACAGCUCAGUUGUUGGGAAAGCCCCCAGCCAAGCACCAGUGAGUCAGGGCACCAGUAGGCACCCAGAGGUUUCUUUGGUGAAAAUCAAAGACCUGUCAGAUGAGACACCAUGUCUCAGCAGCGGAACUCCCAAACUGGACAUCUCGGAGGUGGAACCGGCCUAUUUGAAUUUCUCAGACCUGUAUGACAUUGUCUAUUUUCCAUUUGAAUUUAUGAAUUUUAGGAAGCCUCAGCCUAAACCGACAGGCAGACGGUUCAUACCUUUAAGUGAAAGGACAAGGUCACCUCCCGGGGGACAUCUGCAUAAGGAUAAGAGGCUGUGCAUCAGGGAAGAGGCAGAAGAAAAGAAAGGGAAGAACCAUUUGGAAAUAUCUGAGGAUUCGAAGGGAGGUAACCUGUUAGCUACGGGAAAAGUGGCAGAGAGUCAUAGGGAAAUGUACGGCCCCCAGAAGGACUCGAGUGGUAAGCAGAAAAGCUCCUUCUACAGCAAGCCAGGGCUCUUCAAACCUUAUGGAAGGUCUCACUCAGCAGAGAGGUCAGUGGAGCAGAGCCUGAAGAAGAAAGUAAAAGCUUCUGUUGCCCAUAUAUCAAGAAUCCUAAAAGGAAAGAUAUCUCCAGAGCCAGAAUCGGAGGAAGAGUUUGGUGAGCUGGGAAGCGAAGCAGCAGAAAAAGAGCCCUUAACAGGAGCUGAAGGAUCUCUGAAGUGGAAAUCAGGGCUUCCUUCGUUCAAACUACCAAGCCUCAUGCCAAAAGAGAAAGCACCCUCGUUUGUUGAGGAGCUCCUGGACCAGGCAGCUGCUGCAGGACAGUGUGUGACGCUGUCGUGCCGGACGGCCCCGCACUCCUCCCUGCACAUCCGCUGGUUCAGAGAUGGGAUGCCAGUCCACAGCAGCAGUCGGAUCCUCAUCUCAUCCACACUCAAGCACUUCCAGCUGUUAACUAUUCUCUCUGUCGUUGCUGAGGAUUUUGGCAUUUACACCUGCGUGGCCACCAGCUCCCUGGGUUCAGCAUCCACCUCUUGUGUUAUAAGAAAAGCAGAAGUUCCUCCCAGCCCCGCACCCCCUGAUGUCGUGGAGGUCUAUGAGGAUGGAGCACAAGUGGUCUGGAAACCUGUGGAAACCAACACUUCUGUCUGUUACACUGUCCAGUGCAAGAGUGAAGAUGGGGAGUGGAAGACUCUUGCUGCUGACAUCGCUGACUGCUGUUACUAUGCCAGGAACCUCUCCAGAGGUGUUACCUACUGCUUCAGGAUAGCCUGCACCAGCAAGGCAGGAAUGGGCCCUUACAGCAGCCCGUCUGCUGCAGUUAAAACCAGCAGGAAGGAUCAAUUGGAAUUUCCUUCUGCAACACAGAACUUCCCAGCAGCUGAGGAAGAGAGUGAAAUAAUUGCACCACCCGAACCUUUCCCCACCUACCAGACCUACGCCUUCCAAACAGAGAUCAAAAGGGGGCGGUUCAGCAUCGUCCGGCAGUGCAGGGAAAAAGUAAGUGGCAAGACUUUAGCUGCUAAAAUUAUCCCUUACUGGCAAGAGGACAAGCAGAGCGUGCUGCUGGAGUACCAGGUCCUCAGGAAGCUUCAUCACACCAACAUAGCUCAGCUGAAGGGAGCUUAUGUCAGCCCCCGGCAUCUGGUGUUGAUCCAGGAGAUGUGUGUGGGACCAGAACUACUCCACUCUUUGGCAUUACGGACGUCAUACUCAGAGGUGGAGGUCCGAGAUUACCUGUGGCAGAUCCUCAGUGCAGUUGAGUACCUCCAUGCACACAGCAUCCUGCACCUGGAUCUCAGGUCCGAAAACAUGAUCAUCACCGAGCCCAACCUGCUGAAGCUCCUGGAUUUUGGCAACGCACAGUUCUAUGCACAAGACAAGGUCAUUACCACGGACAAAUGCAUGGAUUAUGUUGAAACCAUGGCUCCAGAACUGCUGACAGAGCAAGGAGCCCUCCCGCAGACUGAUAUCUGGUCGGUUGGAAUCACAGCAUUCAUCAUGCUGAGCGCCAACUACCCGGUCAGCUCUGAUGUGCCCUGUGAGUUCCUGAGAACCACCAGGAAGGGGAAGGUGAAGCUCACGCGAUGCUACGCGGGUCUGUCCGGAGGAGCCGUGUCAUUCCUCCAGAGCACCCUGUGUGCAAAUCCCUGGGGAAGACCAUCAGCCUCCGAGUGCCUUCAGAGCCCGUGGCUCCAGGAGACGGGUUUGGACAACAGGCAGCAAGCACCGGUUACCUUCCCCACCACCAAACUGAGGAAUUUCCUCACUGAUCGGGAAAAGAAAAGGGGCCUGCUGUGCUCCAAGUACGGCCUCAUGAUUGCACAGUGAAGGGGAUGUGGUGAUGGGCACGGAUCAUCUCCCCUUCUGCACAGCACUUCUGGGGGAUGAUGCCAGGCAGCAACUUAUCCCAAGGCUUUGGAUGUAGAGAUCCAAGUGGAUAAAGCCCUGAGCAGCUCAGUGUGAGCAGAGGGUUGAACCAGAGACCUCGUGAGUCCCUCCCAGCGUGACAUGUGCUGUGUUGCCAUGUCUGUGAUGUGCCCCAUGACAGCUUUGCCUUGAUUCAGACACAGGGUUGGGUGAUGGGACCCUGGUGACAUUUGUUGUCUGGGCUCAGCAUGUUGUACCUGUAGCAUAGGGUGAGUGCAGGGAGGGGAACAGCACUGGGGCUUUCCAGUAACUGAUAAAUUGCACAUCUGUCCCACCCUAAUCCUCACAAAGCUGUAGCCUGCUUUCCUGGGGCUCAAGUUAACCACCUGUCAUAGAGCCUUGCAGCUCACCAUGGGCACUUGCACUGCUGUUGCUGCAGAGCUGGUCAUGUUCCUCAAGGGGUUUGUGGUCUGUAGACACCACAACACUUCUUUUUUGGGAUGGCAGGUGUAUUUGAAAUCUCCCAUCAGACCCAGAUGACUGGCUUGCCCAUCACACAGGGCUUCACAACAACCUCUCAUCUACAUCAGUUUGUUUUCAGGUUCUUCAGGAAGGCCUCGGGGCAUCCUGAACGCUGUGGUCCUCUUUCUCCAAGGUCUGCUGAGGGCAGAUGGUGUUCGCUGUGUCGUUGCUUUGUACCUAUAACCUCCGUGUUCCUUUGGGUUUCUCUGAUGUGAGUGAUGUAUUUAUGGGUGCAGUUGGGUUUCUUGAGCUUUCCCUACAUGCAGCGUUUAAGCACAGGCUUUCCUCAAGCCACAACUCGCUGUGUCCAGAGGGUCAAGGAUGGGAAAUCAGUUCCUAAUGUGUUACAGUUAUACUAGACGUGAUGCUGUUUAGCCAGUGGGGAAUCUUUUCCAACACAUCUAACCCAUGUUGCCCCAGACCUGUAGCUUGCAGCACCAUGGCUGCUCCUCCUGCGCUGUGUGCAGAGCAAACUGGGAGCAAAGCAGUUCCCACUGUGCUGUACAUCUUUGACUGUACAUCUUUGAACAUCGAGGUAACACUGUCUUCACAGUGCACUGGAGGAGAGGAAAGCAAGGUCUUAGGGCCAGAUUUCACACUCAGUUCUCUUGGGUUACUGGGAGUUAAGGAAGACAGUGUGAUGAGCUGUGGUCUGUGAACCUUUCAGGACAUGUAAGGUCUCUAUAGGCACAGUUUUACCUUUUGCUGCUGUGCUUUGGGAUGGACUGCUCAGUGCCAGGGGACAGCCCAUCCAAGCAUAAACUUUGAUUGCAGAUUAACCCAUUUGGAGCUUUUACACUAUUCCUCAAAUUAAGUGAUUUUUGCUUCUCACACUUGCAUGCGUUUGAGCAUGUCUGAAGUCUUUUAUAGACUCAAUACUGUUUUGUUAAAUUAUCUGCUCUGACAAGGAAUUAAAGCCAGAUUUUUCUGCCAAA